CUUGUGCUAAACAUGUUACUCUUCCAGGUUUCACAGAUGCAUAUGAGUAAAUGAAGAGGUAAUGCUUUUACAGAUACUUAUCUAAUUUCUGUGGUUCUGUCCAAGUCGUUCACAGUCUCUGUGAUAACACAAACAUCAUUCCUUUGGACUAUGAGGAUUUACAGUGGACAUUUCCUACAAAUCUGAUUCACAGAAAAUGAACAUGACACUACCUUUUAUACACAUUGCCAUCAACGAUGAAAAUAAACAUUAAAUAGGCAAUGGAUAUAUCAAAUGGGAGUGAUUUUUUUUUUAAUUUUAUACUGAUAUAUCUCAGAAUGGAGUAGAUGUUUAUAUGAUGAAGGUAAAAGAUUAGAAUUGGAGUUUUUGGUUCUACAGUUGUCUCCGUGACCUUGAAUAAAUCAUACAUCAUUUCAGUGCCUUGCUUUUUUAUUUGGAAACUGAUAAUUGCUCUUCUUUAUAUGGGAGAGGUUUUAUGAAGUACUUUUAUUAAUUUGAGGCAAAUAGAUAAUAUGGUGAUGUAGUGACGCUUGAGACAUCAAGGGGGAGGAUGUUUGUACUUUUGUAUUAAGCAACCUUCAUGGAGCAGCUGUUAAUUCAGCAGGAUAUGCUGCUUCAUAGCAAUACAACUCCUACACAGCAAUGGCAAAUUCGUAUACAGCUGACACCGCUGGAUGAUCCAGUACACCACAGGGCACUGCCUCAGGUGCCCUGACCCAAACUCGGGCCUCUCCCAGCAGCCCCAUCACAGAUGCACCUUUCCAUUCCCACACUGUUUAUCACUUUGUGUAGGAUUUCUUCCAUCAAUUCCACGUCAUCUUUAGCAAUUAAUCGCAGACUUCAGUCUCCUCAGAUCUUUUCCUGUUAUUCACUGCCUGAUGAAGAUUUAAACAGCCAACCUUACGACUCAGCUCAUCUCAAGAAAACAGAGCAGGUUUCCUUCUCGGCUCCUUUCCCAGGGCAGGUGCGAGCCUGGCCGCAUCCCACCCCUGCCAGCACUUCGUCCUUGUUUACAUUCACCAAUGAACAUACAAAUCACUUAAAUACCAUUAACCACUUGCAGCAAAGCACGUGAGACUUCUUAAACGUUUUCACAACCCCGGAAGACGUUGAAGUACCCAAGCUCACAGGGUUUUAGUCAUAAAGGUAUUAUUUCAUACAGCUUGAAGGCACUGCAGGGGAGCCGCCUGAUGUCCUCGUACUUCUCCCCAGCCCAGCUCAGGGCUCCUUCGCAAAAAGCAGGAAGAGGAUCACCGCGUUAAGAGCGACCGAGUGCCACAACCGAGCCGACGACGACCCUGCGGCGCUCCAGCAUGUCCUGCGCCUCAGCUACCGCCAGGCCUUCGCGAUGGCUCCGGAGCAGGAGGAAGGCCCGCCGUCCCCUCCAGCGGCGUAACGGCUUAGCCUACGACCCCCAGCUGAUGGAAAAGGUUGAACCGCAGCGCGGCCGCCCACUCCCGCCACCCCGCCCGCCGGGGCUAGCUGCAGCCGGCGGAAGGGUUUUGGCGGGGGACGCGUGUGACGCCACUUCCGGCGUCCUCCCGCCGCUCGCGCCGCGUUUCGUCUCCCCAUGGCCGCCGCUGUGGAUUUCAAAACCUAUGUGGAUCAAGCUUGUAGAGCUGCAGAUGAAUUUGUCAACAUUUAUUAUGAGACAAUGGAUAAAAGAAGAAGGGCCUUAACAAGACUUUAUUUGGACAAAGCAACGUUAGUUUGGAAUGGUAAUGCAGUGUCUGGGCAAGAAGAACUGAAUAAAUUUUUUGAAAUGUUGCCGUCUAGUGAAUUCCAGGUUAAUAUGUUGGACUGCCAACCCGUUCACGAGCAAGCUACUCAAGGCCAGACGACAGUCCUCGUGGUGACAAGUGGGACAGUAAAAUUUGAUGGCGACAAGCAGCGCUACUUCAAUCAGAACUUCUUGCUGACAGCACAAGCCACACCUACCAACACAGUGUGGAAGAUCGCCAGUGACUGUUUCCGCUUUCAGGACUGGGCCAGUUAGUGAGGAUUGGCUACGGGAAGUGACCUCUCUCAGGUGAUGUUGGCGUUAGCUGUAUGGACAGCCGUUCUCCACGCGUGGGAAACGCUCGCUCUUCGCGCUGCAUCUGUCGUUAUGGAAGGUCUGCAGAUGUUUCAGGGUUGAUCCCAGUGAUCAUGGGUUUAACAGUAAACAGUCUUAAAAUGUGAGAGGUUGCUCGUCUUAGUUGAACCUAAUAAAAUGCUAAAGGCAG